AAUAGAUUGCGAUGGACACGGCGGUGGCGGCGGCAGCAACCGUCCAGGUGGACCCACAGGACUUGGCCACGUGCAUUCGGGUGCUGGAAGUCUUCCAUGGCAACAUGGACGCCUUGAAAGCCGCUCCAUUCAAAGCCCUUCGACGCGCUGUCGUGCCGCUCUGCGAAGACGUCCGCAGCCGCCUCUUUCAUGGCCGAGACGUUGCGUCCUACGACUACUCGAAGAAGAAGAAGCUAGACCGUAAACGCAAAGCUCAGCAGGCGGCUGCUCUCGACAAGCAGUUUAUCAACAACACCAAGCUGCGAGCCCAGCGUCUGCAGGCUCUCGAGAGUCUCACUGCGGCGGCACCGAUGCUGGCCUUGGUACCCGACGGCGCCGUCGUCGACGACGCCCCAGACACGCCCAUAGACCACGAAGACGAGCAACCCAAGACACUGCACGGCUUUCGAUCGUGCUACGCAUGCAAGAAGCGCUUUGACACGCUGCAUCACUUUUACGACCAGUUGUGCCCCGAUUGCGCGGCACUCAACUUUGAGAAGCGCAUGCAAACGGCAGACUUGACAGGGUACAUUGCGCUGGUCACCGGUGCGCGCGUCAAGAUCGGGUUCCACACCGCCCUGAAGCUGCUUCGUGCAGGGGCCACCGUGAUUGCGACCAGUCGGUUUCCCCAAGACGCCGCCAUUCGAUAUGCCAACGAAGCCGACUACGACACGUGGAAGUCUCGCCUGCACGUGUACGGCCUGGACCUGCGCGACUUGGGUGGCGCCGAGGUCUUCAUGGACUGCAUCGAGCGCACCUUCCACAGCCUCGACAUCGUCAUCAACAACGCGACCCAGACGAUCCGUCGACCGACGCACUACUACCAGCACCUCUUGACCAACGAGCGUCGAUCGCUCGCCGACACGCCCGACAACAUCCGCGACGUCUUGAGCGGGAAUGCCUCGUUCCAGCACGCAUUGACCGCGCCGCACCAACCCUUGACGCUAACGCAUGCGUCGUCCGGUGGGGACGACGACCAUGGAGUGCUGCCACGUGAAGCCGUCGCGAUGCCCGCCGCAGCAGCGACCACGUCGGCCGAACUGUCCCAGGUUCCGCUAACAACGGACGACAAGGAUCUGUCUGCGGAAGAGCGCGCCGCGCUGUACCCCGUGGCGCAGUACGACGCCAACCACCAGCAAGUCGACCUGCGCCACACCAACUCGUGGAAGCUCAAGAUUGACCACGUUGAGUCGCCAGAGCUCGCCGAAGUGUUUGCCAUCAAUGCACUCGCGCCGUUCAUCCUGAACAAGCGCGCGAUUUUGCUCUUUGAAAAGAGUUCACGGCCGCACCACUUUAUCGUGAACGUGAGCGCGAUGGAAGGCAAGUUUUAUCGGUACAAGACACCCCACCACCCGCACACAAACAUGGCCAAGGCGGCGGCCAACAUGAUGACGCGGACGUGCGCGGACGAGCUCAAGUCGCGAAACAUCUACAUGACGUCGGUCGACACGGGCUGGAUCAACGAUGAAAACCCGCGCGCCAAGGCACAGGACAUUGCCAUGAAACACAACUUUCAGGUACGACGGCGGUCUGUGUCGACCUCUUGCAUCGUGACGAUGAUGGCAAUAGACGCCCCUCGACGAAAUCGACGCGGCGGCGCGCAUCUUGGACCCCAUCUUCAUUGGAUUCCAGGACGCCACCACCCAAGGCACGUUUCCCUCGGGCGAUUUCUUCAAAGACUACAAACGGUCCGAGUGGUAGUUGGGCACCGAAGCCCAUAUCGGCUACACCACAUCCUAACGACUAACACACGACGACAUUCGACAUUUGUGGCCACGAUGAACCUGUGAGAAAGCGAUGGCUGUGCGCGCG